AUGGCAACUGUAGUUAUCGAGGCUCCAAGGCUUCACAGCAAUGUCCUCAAAGACAACUUUGGUCAUGUCACCCUCGAUGUAUCAAGACACGGUGGUGACGAAGCUCCCGUCAGUUUAAUCCCAGCACCUUUGCGGGGAGGCAAUUUUGCACUGGACGAAGCUGUCAUUGACGCGCUACCGAUUCCGGGGACAAAGGUGAUCUCCGCCAGAAAGUAUGGGAUGUCCUUGUGGGGUAAAACUGCACAGAUUUGUACAAAACUGCCGGACGGGCGAUUGGAGGAAUACUUCCUGAAGACUGUGUCUCUCGGUAGUCAUGGUCGUGUCAUGAUUGAAGGCGAAUUCGAAUCACUGAAAGCCAUCCACUCCGUCACUCCAGGUUUCGUUCCAUUUCCACAUGCGUGGGGGAAGUAUAAAAGCGGAGCGGAGGAAACAUAUUUCAUGUUGGCAGAAUUCCGAGAGGUCGGCGAACAACCUCCGAAUCACAUCAAAUUCACAACUCGGCUUGCGGAACUACACAAGAAAUCUAAAUCUCCCACGGGGAAAUUUGGAUUUCAUAUAACUACGUGCCAUGGAAAACUCCCACAGAUAACAGAUUGCUGGGAAGAUUCUUGGGAGGCUUUGUACAAGAAGCAAUUGGCACACAUGAUAAACUUCGACCGUGAGAAAAAUGGCGAAUGGCCUGAAUUCGAGCUUUUGUGUAAUCUUACUCUUGAACGGGUCAUUCCCCGUUUACUGAGGCCUUUACAAACCAAUGGCCGUAGUAUAAAGCCUUGUCUCGUCCACGGUGAUUUGUGGGAUGAGAACACAGCCACUGAUAUGGAUACAGGACGCCCAUUUGUCUUCGACUCCUGCGCAUUUUACGCUCAUCAUGAGUAUGAAAUUGGGAACUGGAGGGCGGCAAGGCAUCGGCUGAGUGGUGAUAUUUACGUAAAAAAUUAUAGACGCAGGUUUCCCAUAUCAGAGCCCGAGGACGAGUGGGAUGACAGAAACCUCCUAUACUCUUUACGGUAUGACUUGGGAGCGGCAGUAUUGAUACCAGGCUGCAAUCUACGCCGGAUGUAA